UUGAAGCUCUUGCCAUCACAAAAAGCACUGCCCCCAAUCCACCGUCUCAAUCCCAUGUUUACUCUCAGCCCACAUUUUUUGUUUUUGUUUUUGCUUUUGGUUUGAUAGGCCUCCCUCUCUCGCUUCCCCCUCUCCCCUUUCGCUUUCAGAUUUUGGAUCCCCUCCACUCUCUCACCAACCCCUUCUCCUCCCAUCUCCUUUCGCCUCACCAAUUCCUUCCAGUUUACCAUUGAUUUCUGCACCAUCCAUGCCUCUCGAUUCACACUCGCCAUAGUUACCUAAUAUUUAUUUCAAUUGUUAAGUAAUCUCUAAUCUGUUCAUCCCCAAUUCAUGUUUUUCAGAUGAUGAAAUUCACAAAUACUUAUUCCCCAACAUUCUGGAUUCUUCUUUGUUUCUGAAAGUGUGCAUAUAAUUUCAUCUGGGUUUUGUUCAAAUUGAUCAAAAAACCCAACUUUUGUGAAAAUUUUGGUGUUUGAAUUUCUGCGUUUCUCUCAAAAAUGGUGACUGUGAAUCUGGGAAUGCUUCAUUAUGUUCUGGACCAUGUGCAUGGUGCAUUCAUGCACAGAACAAAGAUUAGCCCUCAAUUUUUUUCAAGAGGGUGGGGCGGCACAAAGCUUGAGCUGCUUGAGAGGAUGAUAAAUCAGCUUUUCCCAGUAGCAGCUGGCCAGAAUUGGCCUCCUACUGUGAUCCAACCAACUUGGAAAACUGUUUGGGAGAGCAAGACGGCUUCUCUCAGAGAAGGGGUUUUCCAGACGCCUUGUGAUGAGCAGCUUCUCAGUGCAUUGCCUCCUGAGAGUCACAGUGCAAGAGUUGCGUUUCUUGUUCCAAAAUCGGUUCCUCCUCAGAGGAUGGCCUGUGUCGUUCAUCUUGCAGGAACUGGAGACCAUACAUUUGAACGAAGGUUACGUCUUGGUGGACCUUUGCUGAAGGAUAACAUUGCUACUAUGGUGCUUGAGAGCCCUUUCUAUGGACAAAGACGUCCUGUGAUGCAGCGUGGGGCAAAACUUAUGUGUGUCAGUGACUUGCUUUUAUUAGGAAAGGCAACCAUUGAAGAAGCUCGCAGUCUCUUGCAUUGGCUAGACUGUGAGGCAGGGUUUGGCAAGAUGGGUGUUUGUGGACUUAGCAUGGGAGGAGUACAUGCUGCAAUGGUUGGAUCACUGCACCCUACACCCGUCGCAACCCUACCUUUUCUCUCUCCACACUCUGCUGUUGUGGCGUUCUGUGAGGGAAUAUUAAAGCAUGCAACUGCGUGGGAAGCCCUGAGAGAAGAUCUUGCAGUGCAGAAGGCUGCAAUGACUCUCGAGGAAGUGAGAGAACGGAUGCGCAAUGUCCUGUCUCUCACGGAUGUCACGCGCUUUCCGAUUCCAAAAAAUCCCAAUGCCGUGAUAUUUGUUUCAGCCACUGAUGAUGGAUACGUCCCGAAACACUCUGUGCUAGAACUUCAAAAAGCUUGGCCGGGUUCAGAAGUAAGAUGGGUCACUGGUGGGCAUGUCUCAUCGUUCCUUCUCCACAACAGUGAGUUCCGCAGGGCUAUUGUUGACGGAUUUGACAGAUUGCCAUGGAAGGAGUCUCCAUUGUGACAUUGGCAACACAAGUGGAGAAGGGUCACCCUACACUUAUUCUGAUGUGGUAACCUUCGCCUCUAAUUUACGCCGAACUUGAAAAAAACUGGAUAUAGUUGAUAUUUUAAACACCAACAGAAAUAAUGGGAAAACGGGGUCUCUUUCAUGAAUAUUAUUUCCUUAUUUGUAUGACCAAACACCCGUUUAAACAGAAACUAGUUG